AGGUGUGUAGAUGUUUACAGAGGUGUGUAGUUGUUUACAGAUGUUUACAGAGGUGUGUAGAUGUUUACAGAUAUUUAGAGACGUGUGUAGUUGUUUACAGAUGUGUGUAGAUGUUUACAGAGGUGUGUAGUUGUUUACAGAUGUUUACAGAGGUGUGUAGUUGUUUACAGACGUGUGUAGAUGUUUAUAGAUGUGUGUAGAUGUUUACAGAGGUGUGUAGUUGUUUACAGACGUGUGUAGAUGUUUAUAGAUGUUUACAGAGGUGUGUAGUUGUUUACAGACGUGUGUAGAUGUUUAUAGAUGUUUACAGAUGUGUGUAGUUGUUUACAGACGUGUGUAGUUGUUUACAGAUGUUUACAGAUGUGCGUAGAUGUUUACAGAUGUGUGUAGAUGUUUACAGAUGUGUGUAGUUGUUUACAGAUGUGCGUAGAUGUUUACAGAUGUGUGUAGAUGUUUACAGAUGUGUGUAGAUGUUUACAGAUGUUUACAGUGGUAUGUAGUUGUUUACAGAUGUGUGUAGAUGUUUACAGAUGUGUGUAGAUGUUUACAGAUGUUUACAGCGGUAUGUAGUUGUUUACAGAUGUGUGUAGAUGUUUACAGAUGUGCGUAGAUGUUUACAGAUGUGUGUAGUUGUUUACAGAUGUGCGUAGAUGUUUACAGAUGUGUGUAGAUGUUUACAGAUGUGUUCCUAGUUCGUCUGCUGUCUGUGCUGCAGGAGACGUGAUGAGUUUACAUGUUUGUCUCAUGAAGUUCUCUCUGAUCAAUAACUGAUCAAUAACUAAUCGCUGAUGAGGAUCCAGUCGAUCUGAACAGCUAAAGGAUCUUAACAACAUUUUAAAGAUCAAAUCAUUGUAAUGAAGGUUUAAUCACUGUGUGCUCUGACAGCUGCUUCAUCAGCCAAUAGAAACCCUCCUCUGGUGUCACGUGGUGUCUGUGUGGGUCAGCAUGAACAGUCUGCUCGGUACCGGUUCUCACGUGACUCGUACCUGCUGCAGGUUCACUGCCCCGCCAGCAGGGGGCAGCCUGACGUCAUGAAUGACCUGAACAGACUCAUCUGCAGGUUUGUGAACCCAUGACGUCACAUCAGAGAAGAAGAAGGGUCAUCUUGGAUCAGUCGACUGUUCGGUGACAGAGAAGUGGAGACGAGGAUCUAUUGGGUCCGAACCUCCAGAACCCAGCGUGGUUACAGAUGUAUGAUCAAUAUAUAAUCAAUACAGUGAUCUCAUCUUUACACCACAAACUGUGAAGCUGCAACCAGACAGUGAUUCUACAGCAGAGUGACUGUGUAUUGAUCAGCUGAUCGUGAACUGAUCAGCUGUGACGACACACAGUUCUGAUAUUAACACACAUUCAUUAAUCGUGUUCAGGCGUCAUCGAGCCAAAGAUCAAUACAGUUCCAGAAAACUGGACCCGCAGCAGGAGACCGGACGGGUUCUGACAGCAUCACAGUCACCAGUCAGUAACCCUGAUGUUUGGAUCCGGUAACUUAUGUUAGUUUAAAGGUUCUUACGUAAAAUGUGUGACAAUAUCAAACAGCCCUGACAGGAGAGGAAGCUGUUAGAAAACAUCACAGCAGCUCUGAAGAUUCUCUCUCCUGCACUCUUUAUUUCACUGAGACUGUCGGAGAGGAAAACACGCUGCACCAGGUGAAGUGAGGCCAGGUGAAGCAGUGACACUCCAUCUGCCAGGUGACACCAGCAGGUACUGACACAAACCAAAACCAAACCCAGAGAAAAACUUCAAUGCCCACGAAAACCUGCAUACACCUGACACCAGGUGACUCUGACCACUGUGAUUAGAUGAUACACACACACACACACACACACAGUGACACAGUGUGCAUGUGUGUGUGGGUUGUGACCUCCUGCUGAAGGUUUCCCUCUUCAUGUGUCACUUCAGGUGUGAUCACAGCUUCAGCUCGUCCAACAUGAGGCCUGUUCUGCAUCAGCCGUCACUGACCACUUCUUACUCUCCCAGUGAAGCUCAGGAUGCUUCAGUCACCCACAGAAACAUAUAGAUGCACAUCAUGGUGUCAGCUUUAGUUGUGAUACUGUUGCACCUGAGUCCAGGUGGAGUCACACAGCCUGGUGGGGCGGCAGGUUGUAACACUGGCUCACAUCUGACAUCAUAAUGAACAGAAGUGAACAACACUGAUCUGCAGCAGACAGUCUGCAGGUCACAGUACAUGAGUUACUGUUCAUCCCUGUUUUUGUCUGUGUGUGUGUGUGUGUGUGUGUGUGUGUGUGUGUGUGUGUGUGUGUGUGUGUGUGUGUGUGUGUGUGAUGGAGCAGGGCGGGGCGGGGCUCCAGCAGCAGCAGCAGCGGCUCCAUCAUCCCUCUGACCGACACCGACCUCCUGCUCGUCUCCAGGCCGCGGCAUGGACGCCGGAGCCCGGCCUGUUUCCUCUGUAUCUCAGCGGCUCCGGUUCGAGCGGCGGUCCCGCCUGCAGCAGACGAUGAAGCAGCAGAUGAAGAUGAAGAUGAAGAUGGAGGCGGUGGUGUGCCGUUAGAGCUGCGGAGCGGAAACAGAGCGUGCGGAGCGGAGCGGAGCGGCUCCGAUGCAGCAGAAAAAUCGCCAUUGUUUGGAUGCGCAGCAGACUGAGAGGAACACGGCGGACUGAGACUCGCUUCCCGGCCCGAGGCACCAUGCUGUCCCCGCUGCUGCUCACCGGGGCUCUGCUCUGCCUCAGCCAGGUAAGGAGCGCUUUAUUCGGGGAACAUCGGGUGUUUGGAGCCGCUGCUGCCGCCCGUCUGGAGCCGUGCGAGCAGCGGCAGCUGCAGCCGGCUGAGAGGCUUUGUCUGCUCCAAACACGGCUCAUGGACCCGGUUCAGGGGGACGGAGGAGUGAUAUAGGAGCUGGUUAAUGAGGGGGAGAGGAGGAGAGGUGGAGGAGAGGUGGAGCAGCGGGAGAUGGACGCGUUGUGGCACCGCAGGUCCGUCAGGGAGGCAGCAGCAGCUCGGCCCUGCGGAGGAAACUGGAGCGUCUCAGCGUUCCAGGCUUCGCUGAGCGAUGACGGCGUGAUCGUGGCGACGCUGGAGCACUCAGACCUGCAGGAGAACGUCACGGCGUACGCGGCUCAGUUCUCUGGAGAACCUCGAGCGGUCCUGGUCCAGUUUGUGAACAGCAGCGAGCCUCUGCUGUUCAACACAUCCUUCCAUGGUCUCUGCUACUCUGUGGGCCUGCUGCUGAAACUGGGACCCAGCUGGUCCAGACCCGUCCAGACUGUGUCCGUGCUCACAAAACCUCUUCCCGUCCACACCGCUCACAUAUCGGACUACAGGGAGUCUCCAGAGACCGGCGUGGUGUUCGAGAUCGAGGCUCCGGCAGGAAACGUCUUCAGCAGAGUGAACAUCAGCUACACUGAAGGACAGGAACGCCGCUGCAUGCUCUACAAAGAUUUCUACAGGGGGAAGACGGUGUUCAAACACUGGUUACCAGGUGUGUGUUACCGGAACAUCACCUUCCAGCUGAUCUCUGAGGCCACCGUGCUGCAGACGCCGCUGGUCUCACACAGUGACAUCACACACACACCUCUGCACCACAGGACAGUACCGUACCCCCCCCUCAACAUCUCCCGCAAGAUCGUCCACCUGGGCCAGCGGGCGGUUCCAGGUGAAGCCUCCAGCAUCUUCCCUCCUGACGGGCAGGAGGAGAACCGGAGAACCUCCCGCCGGGCCCGGGACGUCCCGCUGAUGGAGGAGCAGCCGCAGGAGGAGGGGGAGGAGAACCCGGCCUCCACUCAGGUCCCGUUCAGCCCAACACACAACCUGACAGGCGGCACCGACGUCUUCAACCAGACGACUCCGAGCUACUGGCUGGACCCGACCGAGCCGUCUCUCGCCGACAGGGAGGACGAGUUCGUGAACGCCGUGGUGGCGGAGUACGAGGACUCGAACGAGCCGGGCUCGGCCAUGGGCCUCCCGCCAGAGACCCACAUCCGGCCCACCAGGCUGCCGCCGGUUCUGCUGGAGCUGCGCUGGCUGCCGCCCAGAGCCCCGACCAGCUACGACGGGUUCAAUGUCUACAUCUACAGAGACGGUAACUCUACAGAAACAGCCACUGUGGACGAAAACACUCACGAGUUCUUCACCGAGUUAACGGAACCGGGGACGUACCGGGUCCAGGUCACCACGCUCAGCUCGUCUGGAGACUGUGAGGCCCGGGAGAGCUCGGCCAACACCGGCUUCACCUUCUACCUCAGUCCGGGAGGCGAGCUGCUGGAGGAGCUCCGGGAGCGACCGCAGGCCGUCAGCAUCAGACUGCUGGACUCCAGCACCGCCGCCGUGUCCUGGGCCCAGUCCUCAGAGAACCACAACGGCAGCCUGGUGUCGGUGGUGUCGACCACCUGCCUCAGACCCAGUCUCAGCCAGAGGAUGGAGAACACGUACUGCAGCGAGGAGAACUCGACGAGCGACCUCAUCACCAACCUGACCCCCGGGGCCCAGUACAGGGUGCUGGUCUAUCACACUAACGGACCUCUGAUGAGCCCGCCGUCAGAACCCGUCAUCAUCGAUAUCGAGCCCACAGGUGUGCGUGAGCUGGCCGUGUACCCGCUCGGCCCGACAGCGGUGAUCCUCAGCUGGCAGCGUCCGUAUCACGUGGCCUUCAGGAAGUACGUCCUGCAGACCUUCUUCUUCAACCCCGUCACGCUGGCCUCUGAGUGGACCACCUACUACGAGAUCGCCGCCACCGCCUCCGUCAUCGCCUCCGUGAGAGUGACGGACCUGCUGCCGGCCUGGUAUUAUAAUUUCCGUGUUUCCAUGGUGACGUGGGGCGACCCGCCGCUCAGCUGCUGCGACAGCUCCACCGUCAGCUUCGUCACAGCUCCAGAGGCGCCCCACAUCUCCUCGGUGGAUUACUCUCACGGCGUGCUGUACGUUCGCUGGACGUACGGCGAGCUCUUCAUCGACCUGUCUCACUCCAGGAUGCUGCACUGGCAGGUGAUGGCCGUCGGCAAGAAAGGCCCGGAGAGGAGCUACUCCAUCGACGUGACUCGUAACGUGAUGCGGGCCAGCCUCCCGCUGCCUCCAGGAGACAUCUACAACCUGACGGUGACGGCGUGCACGGAGCGCAGCAGGAACACCUCCAUGCCGAACAUCAUCAAACUGGAGCCGGCUCCCCCGAGGUCUCUGUACGCCGUCAACGCCACGCACUCGUCUGUGACGCUGCUGUGGACCGAGGAGGGAGUGGUCGACUACUACCAGGUCCUGUGUAAACCCAACAAGGCCCGCAAGGAGCUGAAGGCCCGCGAGCCUCAGACCUCCACCUCUCACGUGCUGACGGUGUCCGGGUUGAUGCCGUCCUCCACCUACAACUGCAGCAUCACCAGCUUCAGCUACAGCACGCCCAGCAGGCCCGCCCACAUCACCAUCAGCACCGUCGCUAAAGAGAUGAACCCGAGUGUAGCAGCGAUCUCGGCGCUGGCCGUGCUCAGCAUCCUCCUCAUCAGCCUGCUGGUUCUGUUUCUGCUCAUCCUCCGCAAGAAGCACCUGCAGAUGACCAGAGAGUGCGGCGCAGAGACUUUCGUCAACUUUGCUUCGUUCGAGCGUGACGGGAAGCUUCCCUAUAACUGGCGAAGAAGCCUCUUUGCCUUCCUUACCCUACUGCCAUCCUGCCUUUGGACUGACUAUCUUUUGGCUUUUUAUAUUAAUCCUUGGAGCAAGACAGCUUUAAAGAAACGGAAGCUCACAAGCCUGGUGCAGCUGGACGACUUUGAGGCGUACUUCAAAGAGAUGAGCAAAGACUCGGCCUACAAGUUCUCCCUGCAGUUUGAGGAGCUGAAGAGCGUCGGUCUGGAUCUUUCCCAUGAUGCAGCAGACCUGCCGGUCAACAGGCCCAAGAACAGAUACACCAACAUCCUCCCCUACGACUUCAGCCGGGUGAAGCUGAUCUCGAUGCACAACGAUGAAGGUUCGGACUACGUCAACGCCAACUACAUACCUGGAUACAAACACAGUAAAGAGUACAUCGCCACUCAGGGUCCGCUGCCCGAGACCCGCAACGACUUCUGGAAGAUGGUCCUGCAGGAGAAAUCUCCGAUCAUCGUCAUGUUGACGCAGUGCAACGAGCGGCGGAGGGUGAAGUGUGAUCACUACUGGCCGUUCACUGACGAGCCGGUGAUGUACGGAGAGAUCAGCGUGGAGAUGCUCUCUGAGUCGGAGUCUCCAGAGUGGACCAUCAGAGAGUUCAGACUGGGAUAUGCUGACGAGAGUCAGGACGUCCUCCACCUGAACUACACCUCGUGGCCGGAUCACGGCGUCCCCACAGUCAACGCCAUCGAAAGCAUCCUGCAGUUUGUCCACAUCGUCCGCCAGCAGGCCAACAGGACCAAAGACCCCAUCAUAGUCCACUGCAGUGCUGGAGUGGGCCGGACCGGGACGUUCAUCGCUCUGGAUCGAUUGAUGCAGCACAUCAGAGAACACGAGUUUGCAGAUAUUCUGGGGAUGGUGUCAGAGAUGCGUUCACACCGUCUGUCCAUGGUCCAGACUGAGGAGCAGUACGUGUUCAUCCAUCAGUGCGUCCUGCUGAUGUGGCAGAAGAAGAAGCAGCAGUCCAUCAGCUCCGACGUCAUCUACGAGAACGCCAGCAAGACAUAAUGAUGGAGGCUCCUCCAGAUGCUGCGAACACACCGACCUCCUGUGCUUCAGGCAUCCAUCUCUGCAGAAGAAGAUCCGCUUCAUCAUCAGUUUCAAAACCAGCUCAGCAGAACAUCUCGACGCACGAGACGACAAAAAUCCAGUUUUUAGUUUGAGGUGGUGUGAGAGCACGGGACGGAGUUAUGGGACGGAGUUAUGGGACGGAGUCACGGGACGGAGUUUUGCCUUAAGGAGCCUCCACUGACUGACCAACAUGAACCUGAGGAGCGUUCACCGGCUCCGUCCUGUGAUUGGAUGUCUACGCUGCGUCGCUCAGGCGCCGAGUCAGCAGUUUAUCAUUUUGUAAUCUCAGGAGAAGCUGAAGAACCAGCGAGCACACACCUCCUCCUCCUCCUCCUCCUUCUCCUCCUGCUCCUCCUCCUGGUCCUCCUCCUGCUCCUCCUCCUGCUGCUCCUCCUGCUGCUCCUCCUGCUCCUCCUCCUCCUCC